CUGCUGUGCUGUCCAGAUACGGUCCAAAGCAGCAGCAAAGGGGCUUGCGCAAGCACCGAAACCGGGAACGUGGAGUGAAGGGGUAUACCGUAGGAGACGAGAUAGGGAUCAGGACGAUCACGGGCGUGCCGCAGGCGGCGCAACAGAGGCCGCAGCAGCAGCGGGCCUAGAGGAUGGGGGCGAAAGCAUGCCCUACAAGGGUGAAAAUACCAUCGUUAUGAUGGAAUGGGAAAAGCCAUACAUGCGAGCGCUUGUGGACGCCUUGGCAAUAACUGAGGAAAGCCGAGUGCUUGAGAUAGGGUACGGCAUCGGAUACAGCGCGGAUCGAAUCCAGGAAUUUUCACCCCGAUCUCACACCAUCAUCGAGCCGGACCCGGUCGUUCUCGCCAGACUAAGGGGAUGGGCGGCUGCACGCCCGGGGGUCCGGAUCGUCGAGGGGUUUUGGCAGACGGCCCUGGCAACGCUGGGAGAGUUCGAUGCCGUGUUUUUCGACGAUUUCCCUCUGCCGGACACGCCCGAUUCGUCCGAUUUGAGAGGCCCCGCGUCGCGAUGGCACGCUUUCAUAGACCUGUGCGCUGCCCACCACCUUCCAGUCGGUGGCCGAAUAACAGGAUAUUUGGCGAGACCACUUCCUUUGGAGCGAUCGGGGUGCGUGCUGUCUCCUCUCGUAGCUUUUCCGGUAGACGUGCCUAAAAAUUGUCCGUACUUCCCAUACGGCGAGGCGUACAUUCCGCUGAUAACGCGGGCAGAGACGGGUGCGGCGAAGGGCGCAGCUGCGGGAGGUGAUGAUGAUGCUGGCACGGCGCUGGCGUCGUCAUUAUUGGUCCAGAGUGUCCAGGACAGGGGAAACGGGAGUGAAGGAUCGUCGCAGGAAAGGAAGAGACAGAAGCGCGAGGUGUUGGAGGCGCUGGUUAGGGAGAGCCUGGGGCUCAGUGCGAUCAAUCACUAGGCCCCAUCAAGAAUCUCGGCUCGCAGCUGUAGUUACUUUGCAACUCACAUAGACGGUAGUAAAGCUCAGUUUCAAAGCUACCGUCGACCCCUAUUUAAGGACACCCGCGUCAAGGAAACUCCCCGCUUAAGAAACUUGUUUUGCUGAGCAUCGGGGGCCCGGUAGAAUAUACGAUAGUGGGGUACCCACAUUUUUUCUGCUACGUACCCCCCUUUUUGUGUCCUGCGGGCCUGCGUGUGUUGGGCGGUUCUUUGCACGAACCACGCACCAUGGUGAGUGCAGAAGUAGCGACGUACAGACAGCCGAAGUAGCGAGCGGUCUGCU